AUGCUGUUCGAAUUCGUCUGUGGCUACUUGCCCUUCGGGACUAACCUCGUCGAACCGCGCCAGGUCUGCUCGGCGGUGCUGCGCGGAAAGCUCAAGUUCCCCUCGGCCUACAAGGACGAGAUUGGGCGAGAUCUCAUCAAGGGCCUUUUGACACAGCCCGUGCUGAAGCGUUUGGGUGCCGGCGUGAACGGCCUGCAGGAUGUCUUCAAGCAUCCCUUUUUCGAGAUCCCAGGCCAAGCGAGCAUGUUCGACAAGCUCUUGGGACGAGAACUGGAGCCUCCAUACACUCCUGGCCCUUGGAGGCGUUCGGACUCCGCGCGCACCUGCGUGAGAGCCGAGAGGAGACGUGAGACGUGA